AUGGAUUCAACAUCCAAGUUUUUAAUCUUCCUCGCAAGUUCUUUAAGCUUAUUUCUAUUGAAAUUCCUUCACAAAUAUUGGUGGACGCCUUUGAAAAUACAAAAAGCACUGAGUUUACAAGGAAUCAAAGGACCUCCAUAUGAGUUCAUCCAUGGCAACAACAAAGCCUCUUCUCGUUUUAGAUUCGAAGCUUUAAGCAAACCCAUGGCUUCCUUAACACAUAAUAUAGUCCCAAGAGUUAUUCCUCAUAUCCAUUCAUGGAUCAACACUUAUGGGAAUAUUUAUCUUACAUGGGAGGGAAAUCAAGCUCAACUGGUGAUAUCUGAACCCGAAAUAAUCAAAGAGAUACUGAAAAGCAACGACGGGUCUUUCCCGAAACGGAAGGAUGAUUCGAGUUUUAUUUAUAAGAUUCUAGGUGACGGACUCGUGGCGACAGAAGGUGCGAAAUGGGUGAGGCAAAGGAAGUUGGCGAAUCAUGCCUUUCAUGGAGAGAGUUUAAAAAAUAUGAAUCCAGCAGUGAUUGCUAGUGUGGAGACGAUGUUGGAGAAGUGGAAAGGCCGAGAAGGUGAAGAGAUGGAAGUGUUUGAGGAGUUUAGGUUGUUGACUGCGGAAGUGAUAUCGAGAACGGCUUUCGGUAGCAAUUACUUGGAAGGGAAGAAGAUUUUCGAGAUGUUGACGAGAUUAUCGAUACUAGUCAUCAACAAUUACUACAAAACUAAGAUUCCUGGCAUCAGCAUGAUAUGGAAAACUGCGGAUGAAAUAGAAUCGGAGAAACUUGCUAAAGGAAUACAUGACCGUGUGAUGGAAAUGGUUAAGAGAAGGGAAAAGAAUGUAUCGGUUGGAGAAUCCGACAAUUUCGGCAAUGAUUUUCUGGGAUUGCUUAUAAAUGCUCAUCGUGAUUCUGACGAGAAAAAUCGAUUUUCCGUCGAGGAUCUAGUGGAUGAGUGCAAAACAUUCUAUUUUGCCGGUCAAGAAACAACUAAUUCCUUGUUGGCAUGGACGGUCUUAGUUUUAGCAAUUCAUACUGAAUGGCAAGAAAAAACAAGACGAGAGGUUUUCGAGGCAUUCGGUGACCGAAAUCCUAAUUCCGAAGGCAUUUCCAAACUAAAAAUUAUGAACAUGGUCAUCAACGAAACCCUGAGAUUGUAUUCUCCUGUAUCUGCUGUAAUCCGAAAGGUCGGAAAAGAGGCUCAAUUGGGAAGGCUCGUUUUGCCUGCAAAUAUGGAGGUAAUGAUCCCAAUCAUGGCACUUCACCACGACCCUCAAUUAUGGGGAGACGAUGUACAUCUUUUCAAGCCAGAGAGAUUCACCGAAGGCAUCGCCAGUGCUACCAAAUACAACUCAGCAGCAUUCAUUCCCUUUUCGAUGGGACCUCGAUCUUGCGUCGGUAUGAGCUUUGCAACCACUGAAACAAAGAUCGCUCUCUCAAUGAUUCUCCAACGCUACGCCUUUACUCUCUCGCCGGCCUACGUUCAUGCACCGUUUCCUAUAAUCACGCUUCAACCACAACACGGUAUUCAAGUAAUGCUUAACCGUUUAUAG